CCCGGGCGGCGGCAGCGGCGGCGGCGCGGCGGCGCGGCGCCCCAGAGGCGCGCCACCACUGGCGCUCGGCGCCAAGAGAGCAGGCUGCUCAGCAGCUCCCAGCUGCCGCCUGGCGCGCGCGUCUUCCUCAGCCGGUUUGCGCUCGACUACGGCGACGGCGUGGCGAAGCGCCUCCUAAUCGGUGAGCGCCGCCGACUGCCCAUCUUCAGCACCGAGGCACUCGUGCCAAGGUCGCGCAGCACCGUGCGCAGCCGCCGCCGCCGGCCGGUCAUCCGCCCUCUAUCCUCGACGUUCCUGCGGGCGGCAGGCGUGCUGAGACCGCGGCCUCGCCGGAGCCCGCGUGCGAGCGGCAGCACACAUCUGUUCCACCUCAACUCGCGCACCUCUUCUGCGGCGCAGAGCACGGCGCAUCAGGCGCUGCGGGCCCUGCAGCAGCUCCAGCUGCGCCGUAAGACUGCCCACCGUCGCGUCAAGCGCCAGGUCUCAUCGCGGCCCCACUGCGAAGUCGAGGACAUCCGAAGGCCACUGCGGACUCACGACACGGCCCCACGGUCGCCGCGCUCGCCCACGAGGCUCCCAAGGCCGCUAAUGACGGGACGGAGAGUGAAACGGGAAGCUCAAAGAUCACGACGAAGGAGACGAAGGUCACGGCGAAGGAGACGGAGGUCACGGCGAAGGAGACGGAGGUCACGGCGAAGGAAACGGAAGUCACGACGACGGAGACGGAGGUCACGGCGAAGGAGACAAACGUCACGGAGAAGGAAAUGGAAGCCGGGGCGAAAUUCAAAUAGAACUUCAAGGAGGCGGCGGCGCAGAUCGCCACGCCCGCAGCGGGUCACACAGCGGCGCAGGUCACUGAUUGCCGGCCGUGGACCGUUCACCUUCUGCAAGCCGCAGAGCCCACGGAGACCUUCUCCGACGCGGCUCAGCCGUCUGGAGAGGCGCCCGGCGCAGCGCGUGCCCAACUGUACUCCGGAGCCGGCGAUCCGCUGCACCACCUCGGCCAAGUACCGCACCAUCAACGGCCAGUGCAACAACCUGCGCCAUCCGCGCUGGGGCAGUCACUUCCGCGGGCUGCGGCGCCUCUUCGACAGCACGUACGACGACGGCGUGUUCGUAGCCCGCAGCAAGUCGGCGGCCGGCGGCCUGCUCGAGACGUCGCGAAAGAUCAGUGCGGCUACACUUAGAUCUGAUAGCGACGCCGGCGCCGGGCACUACACCAUGUCCGUGGUGACUUUCGGCCAGUUCAUGGACCACGACCUGUCCAUCUCGCCCCACUUUCAGCUUCAGAAUCCAAACGGUACCCUGUCACCGAUCGAGUGCUGCGACAAGAAAGGCCUCGAAAUGCCGGCCAGCCUCAAGCAUCCGCAGUGUCUUCCCAUCUCCGUGCCCGCCUCCGACCCCUUCUACAAAAAGUACAAGAUCCGCUGCAUGAACUUCGUGCGCAGCAUCCCGGCGCCCGACCCGCUGUGUCGGCCGCGGCCAGCCACGCAGAUCAACGAGCUCACCGGCUGGAUGGACUGCUCGCAGGUGUACGGCACCACGGACGAGAAGGCCCACGAGCUGCGGGCCUUCAAGGCCGGCCUGUUGAAGACGAGCACCGGCAAUAUGCUGCCGCGCGAGAUACCCCAGCCGGCCACCAACUGCACCGGCCGCGUCUGCUUCAUCGCCGGAGACGAGCGCGUUAACGAGAACACGCUGCUCACGCUGUUCCACACGGUGUUUGUGCGCGAGCACAACCGCGUGGCGCGUGAGCUGGCGAAACACCACAGAUGGACCGACGAGACUCUGUACCAGGAGGCGCGCCGGAUCGUGAUCGGCCAGUGGCAGCACAUCGCCUACCACGAGUGGCUGCCAAGCAUCGUCGGUUUCGCGUACGCGCACUCGGUCGGUCUGACUGGGUUCCGGCCGCGCGCUUACGUGCCGUUCCUCAACCCCGACGUCAGCAAUGAGUUCUCUACGGCCGGCUUCCGACUGCACUCGAUGGUGCGGGGCGUAAUCGAGCUGGUCUCCAAAAUCGGCUCCAUCAGGAAGAGGCUCAAGCUGCAGGAGAACUUCUUCCGCCCGGACUCGCUGGUGGUGUCCAACGUGUUCACGGAGAUGGCACGUGGCCUCACGCGCCAGCAGCCACAAACGUUCGGUCCAACCUUCGCGAAGGCCGUCCACGGCAAUCUGUUCAAAGUGGACGCCGUCGGCCUGGACCUCAUGGCGCUCAACAUCCAGCGGGGUCGCGACCACGGCAUCCCCACCUACGCCACGGUGGCGGCCCGCUGUCACGGCCUUCGAAUAUCCGGCUGGUCCGACCUGCUGUCGCUCAUGACGGCGGCGGAUACGGCCCGUCUGAAACGCAGCUACCGCCACUGGCGCGACAUCGACCUAUUUGUCGGCAUCAACACGGAGCGGCCGGCGCCCGGCGCGCUGGUCGGCCCCACGACGCGCUGUCUGAUCACCGACCAGUUCCUGCGCGCCCGCUAUGGUGACCGCUUCUUCUACGACCAGGCCGGCCAGCGGGGCAGCUUCACCACCGCUCAGCUGCGCGAGAUACGCAAGGCCAGCUGGGCCCGCUUGCUGUGCGACAACGUGGGACGUGGCUUUGACGCCGUCCAGCCACUGGCCUUCAUCAAGCCCAUCAAUUUCCUCGGCCUGAACCCGGUGGUCAGCUGCAACUCUCGGCGCAUACAGCGGCUCGACCUGUCCAAGUUCUGAGGUGGCGCGUGGCGCAUGACUGUCGAGUCACGUGGCACUGUCGUCAUGGCGCGACGGCUGCACGGGCAUGAGUUGCCACGGUUUGUGUGCUUUGCUUUUAAAGGUUGGUAAUCGAGAUGUGCGUACAGAUCUUCGCCUCUGCGCAUGCAUACUGCUUACACACCAGCUCAUCGGCACGGGAUCUGUUGGUUGGUUGCGUUUCCGGCGGCCUUCACCACGAGACGAGUUGUUUCGAGAAAUACGGGCGCUAACCAGGCAACAUUCGCCAGCAAACCUACAAAACUUCCAGUUAUUGACCCUUCGUUCAAAACAUUGUCGAGCUCCUUUCCCCGAAUGGGAGCAACAGUUCUUUUAGGAACGGGCAAUUAAUUCCAUUCACCGGCAAGGCAACCGAAGAUCGAAACGCGCGUGACGUCGACUAUCUAAUAACAUUGGAAGCCUCCUUUUGGAGCCAAAACCAAAUCUCGGGACAUGAUUACAAAAUCUUUAUUGACAAUACAUUAAAACGAACAUUG